CUCUGUCCUCUGCUGCCAGAGAGGAUUCCAGCUCUUCUUGCUCGCUCCUGGCCUUUGAACCUGCACUUCACUGAUCGUCUGUGCCUCUCGCUUGGACAGCUGCGUGACGUUAUACCGUGCCGCUCUUCCGAAGCUGUGCUACGUGCCGUACCUUUCUUCGGGCUACAAAGCACCUCUUUACCCCCUUCUUUUCACCUUUGCCUGUCUAGCUCUCCUAGCCGCAAACAUGUUCUCCGGACGCAAAUUCUCCAUCAAUCGCCAUACCGGCGCCCCGAAGCCGCUGCUGCGACGCUUCAGCAACGCCGAGCCGUCAACGAAUGAGUUCCAAUCCAAGGUCCACAGACAGUUCCGCAAUGCGCACGAAGGCCACAUGCCCCACGCCGGCCUGGAUGCCAGCCGAUCGUCUACUGGUGUCAUCUGGUGUACUGAGCGAGCCAACGAGUAUGGCUUCAUGGAUGAGCCUGAUGCGUGGGCCAAUCUUGGCCAGGGUGCCCCUGAAGUCGAGGACGAAAUUGCCGGUUGCUUCAAGCGACCCGAGACAAUCAACAUCAGCGUUGCGGCCAGAGAGUACGGCCCUACUGCUGGUAUCAAGCCCCUGAGAGAAGCUGUUGCCAAGCUCUACAAUGAGACGCACCGCCAGGAUAAAGACAGCAAAUACACCUGGGAGAACGUCGCCAUCGUGCCCGGUGGCCGUGCUGGUCUCAUCCGAAUUGCCGCUGUUCUAGGCAGCUCAUACCUGUCCUUCUUCUUGCCCGACUACACCGCUUACAACGAGAUGCUGAGUUUGUUCAAGAACUUUGCAGCUAUUCCCGUCCCCCUCUCCGAAGAAGACGGUUAUCACAUCCACCCCGACAAGAUUGCCGAAGAAAUCGCCCGUGGUACCUCUGUUAUCCUUACCUCAAACCCUCGCAACCCCACUGGCCGAGUCGUCGCCAACCCCGAGCUGGCCGAGAUCCAGGAUCUUUGCCGGGGCCGCGCCACCUUUAUCAGCGACGAGUUCUACUCUGGAUACAACUAUACCAGCAACUGCGAUGGUUCCACCAUCUCGGCCGCUGAGAAUGUUGAGGAUGUCGACGAAGACGAUGUGUUGAUCAUUGACGGUCUCACUAAGCGCUUCCGACUGCCUGGAUGGCGAAUUGCAUGGAUCAUUGGACCCAAGGAGUACAUCAGCGCUAUUGGCUCAUGUGGUAGCUACUUGGAUGGUGGUGCCGUGCAUGCUCUCCAAGAGGCUGCUGUCCCAAUGCUUGACCCUACCUUGGUUCAGAGCGAGAUGAUUCAUCUCCAGCGCCACUUCCGGGACAAGCGUGACUUUACGGUCCGACGUCUACGUGAGAUGGGCUUCUCCAUUAAAUACGUUCCCGAUUCCACAUUCUACCUGUGGCUGAACCUCGAGGGCCUUCCCGAGGCUAUUGCUGACGGCCUCAACUUCUUCCAGGCCUGCUUGGAAGAGAAGGUUAUUGUUGUCCCUGGUAUCUUCUUCGAUCUUAACCCCUCGCGACGACGUGAUCUGUUUGACAGCCCAUGCCACCACUUUGUGCGUCUGUCAUACGGCCCCAAGAUGGACGUCCUUAGGAUGGGCUUGGAGGGUAUCGAGCGCGUUGUCAACAAACACAAGAAAAAAGAUUGAAUAAGAGUUGGCCGACCUGACCCAAAAGUUCUGAUGUUUUCAGCCCCCUCGGCGGAAAUUGCGGGUAUCAGCGGCUUGCCUAGCCAAGGCAGCAGCAAUUUUGAUUGAAUUUAGCAGGAAGAGGCGAAGGUGAAGCCUCCUAUUACUAGGGGGAGUAGUGCAAGUAUGCCGAGUAAGGCAUGGGGCUAUGUACAAGGAUUUGUUGAAGAGUGUGAACUUUAAAUGAACGAUGACUGUCACCUGGGGGAUGAAUGACGGCGGCGGAAUAGCAGUCUUGUGUUGAGACGUAAUAGCGCCUCAGAUGAAUGAAUGAACAAACCGACUGUUUCGAGAC